AUGGAAGGAAUAGAGAGAGGCAGCGAUGAAGAGGGAGAAGUCUCAACUGAAAGAGAAGAAGAGAGGGGGAUGGGAGGAGAGGGAGGGCAAGAGGAGGUGGGAGACCAGGACAUGGAGCAGUGGAAUGGGCUGAUUUCUGGAGAGGAAACAGUGGAGGUGGGAGACAUUUUGGACUGUGAUGACUCCAUCACCCCUAAUCACGUCCUGAGACUGACUGCCUACACGGCUGAUUACCUGUGCUCUCCUGAAGACAACAUCUACAGCAUCACCUUCUCUCGCUUCAAAAUCCGGGAUCUGGGCUCUGGGGCCAUUAUACUGGACCUCAAAAAGCAGUGUCCGACAGAAAUUAAGGAUGCAAUAGAGCAGGAUGCUGGAAGGUUCAUUCAGUAUCACUUCAGUGCUGCGUUUCUCACACUGAGGGAAAUCGGAGCCACGCUGGAGUUCACGGUGGGCAGUAAGGCUGUGAACAGGCUGAGGCUGAUAGAGAGGCAUUACUUCAGAGAUCAGCUCCUCAAGACCUUCGACUUUGAGAUCGGCUUCUGCAUCCCCUACAGCAGGAACACCUGCGAGCAUAUCUACACACUGCCAGAGCUGGACUCUUUUACAGUGAAAGAGAUGAUCGCCAACCCGUUUGAGACCAAGUCGGACAGCUUCUACUUUGCAAACAACAAGCUGAUAAUGCACCACAAGGCGGAGUACUCCUUCAGCGAGAGAUAG